GAUUCUGAUACUAGCUUUCGGUUUUUUUCCCUAAAGGAAUUUUGUUUAUGUCUUGUUGGCGUUUCUAGUUCUACAUUCUAUCUAUACCACCUUUAAAAAAAUAUCUGAAAUAUGCUUCAAAAUACAAUGGAACUCGUACAAAGCACGUUUCUUGUGUUUGCUGCAUUACUUGUUGUGAUUAAUCCUCAAAAAGUUCCUCCAGGAGUCAACCCAACAACUUACCAACAGCCACCUCCCCCUCCACCUCAACAACAACAACAGUACCAACCGCCACCUCCGCCGCCGCCAUCGUACCAGCAACAGCCAAUACAGAGUGCAGUACCUCUGGAGCAUCAUCAGGAGCGCCACCAUCACGACCAUCACUCCAGCCACGGCCAGCCUCAGCUACUCAAUACUGCCAACCUUGCAGAGGAGAGAGAGCACAUGCAAGAACAUUUGAAUGUGAACAUUGACACCAGUAAGAUGUCAGAGCAGGAAUUGCAGUUUCACUAUUUCAAGAUGCACGACGCCGACAACAACAACAAACUCGACGGUUGUGAGUUGAUCAAGUCUCUAAUCCAUUGGCACGAUGACCAAGGACAGGAGAAUGAAGAAAUUCCAGUUCUGACCGAUGAAGAAAUUGCACAAAAAGUUGACAAAUUACUGCAACUGAUGGAUUCCAAUUUUGACGGGUACAUUGAUUGGGUUGAGUUCCAGUUGAAUAAUUCACAAGAUUAAAAUCUAUUUUCCUUGUAUUAGUCUCUAAGUAGUUUUAACAAGUUUUGAACAAUUUUUAAUUUUAUGCUGAAGUAAAAUCUUGUACAUUCUUAACUUCAUUUGAGAUAUUUUCAUGUGAAGAAUUUUUAAGCUGAUACAAAUAAAUUUUAGUUGACUUAUUUCUUAGAAUUUGAAACCUGUGUGGCUGGUCAUAUUAAAAUUUUAAUUAGUCGAGACCACAUAGAUGGUACAUGGGGACCUACGCCAUGCAAGCAAACACAAGUUUAAAAUAUGAAAUCGUGAGGUACUACAGCAAAAGGAGAUUCAGUCAUGAAAAAAAGUUUACGUUAACAAUUUUCUUCGUAAUUAGCCUAUCAAUCUUUCUCAAGUUAUUUUCAUUUGCUCCUGUGUUACCAAAUGUAUAUGGGAAAUAAAGGCCCAUUGACACGCUAAUAGCGAUAUAAUAAUUGCGGCAUUUUUAUAAAUUCAAACUUAACUCAUCCCCUGUUAGACUUAGAAAUAAGAAGGAAGCAUUCCUUAUUUAGGUAUUUUGAAGUUUUUUGUGUGCAUCGUGGACCCCUCUUAUUUGGAGACCUUGGGCCUAGACUCUUGUUAAAAUUUAAAAUGUGACAAAUUUGUUUUACUAUCUGAAGUUCAAUACAAAACUUAAUGAAUACAUUUUCAACCCAUACUUUAUAUGUGGGUAGAAACUACUAAACUAUAAACAAUAAAUGAAACCAGCAAACAUGUAGAGCAGGCUGUGACUUGGUUCUUAACGUUUGGUGUUUCGCGGGUGGCCAUAUGCAUUUUAUACGUGACUUUGUGUGUGAGUAGUUUGGUUACUCCAAAUUAGGAAGUUGAGAAAUUAAAAAAUGAAAUAUCCUAGGAGGUAUGCCAAUUAAUUGUAAAAUUGUUUGUAUUGCUCAACUUAAAGACUGCAUCAAAACACUAACGACGGCACUGCUACGUAGUAGAUUUAUUUUAGAUUUGUUGACCAUGAUAGUAUGGAUCUUAAAAAAACUUCUCUGAUUGAAAUGAAUAAUGAAUUCCUAAACUCAAUUAGAUCAAUGUUAAUUUAUUAUAAUCUUUUGGUCUCAUUUUGGACUUUGGUAUCUCUUUGUGUUCAUCACUAAAAACAAGUAACAUUGAUAAAGGAUUAUUAAUUUGUGUUCCAACAGAAAUUUGUAAAGUAAAACUUCUGACUUGAAAUAGUUCAGAAUGUAAAAAAACUGGUUACUGUUAAGUGCUAAAAAUAAAACUAUUUAAAUCCAAAUUUAUUUUACUCCUACUUAUUUUUUACCACUAUUUAUUUUUUGUAUUUAACUUAAUUAAAAUGGUGUGUAAUAAUGAUAAUUAAGUUAGUGACACUAUAAAUCAUAAAAUUCUGUAAAGUGUCUUUACAACUUUCACCACUCUUGAUUUUCUUAACUUUUUUCUUCAAAUCGUUAACUGUUCUGAAAUGCUAGUUUUAGUUUACUAUGCCAAGUGUAUGGGACUUUACUGUAGCUAUUUUGGUGUACUAAAACCGUUUUAUUACUUCAGCUUUGAUAAACGAUCAUGGAAGUUUUAACUAUUUAUGUUAGUUAAUUGUUGUAUUCGAUAGUUUUAUUUUCUGUAUAAGAGAUAUAUAUUUUUAUAUUGCUAUUUUUUACGAGAGACUCUGAAGCUGCUAUGGACCAACCCAAUUAUAAAUUUAAAAUAAAAGAAUUAUGAUUUGAAGCUAAGUGAGAAUUUUGGUAGUUAAUUUGCUGAUUACUACUAAAAUCAUGGACAUUUUGAAAUAAAAUUACACUUAGGUUACCAAUUUUUAUUUUUUGAAACUGUGUUUAAAGUGUUUUUGAUCUAUUUGCCAAUAUAUAUUACAGUAUUUCCAAGUAAGUCUAAUAAUAAUUUUUUCUACCACAAUCUAACUGUGUUUAUUUUUAUUUUGAUGAAUUAAUUUGUAUUCAAACCAAAGAGCUUCUAUAAAAUAAUCUCUGAAUAUUGAAUCAAGUUAUUUUUUUUAAUGUUAAAGUUUCCCAUGUAAAAUGUGAUAGAUACAAAGGUUGUGGGUUUUCUAAGGUUUUGUAUGUAAUCUCAUUUGAUAAGAUUGAGUAUGAUUGUGUUAGUUAAGUAAAUUCAUGUCUUAUUUUAUGUGUUCAUUUGUAAAUAAUAGAUGUUUUAUUGUUUGUCGUUUGAAUGAUUUUUAUUUUUGUGUAAUGUUUUUAGUUGGUGAUUAAUAAAGAUAUUGUUUACUAUGUGUGAGUUUAGUCAUAAUACGGCAUUAAAAUGUUUAUAAACUAGUUUAACAUGUU